AUGUUUGAUCAAAUUGAAAUCGAUAGCGACAAUGAAUCAGUAACCGAUUUUUUAAGUGAAGAUAAAUUUGUAGAAAAAUUAGAUAAGGAUAACUUUGACAGAAGUGAAUUUACAGAAAGUUAUUUAGGUAGGAAUAACUUCAUAGAGGAUAAUUGUCUAAACGAACUAGCAGAAAACUAUUUUAAUAAGGACGAAUUAGUUGAGAAUUAUUAUGAGAAUGAAUCAGUUAAAGAUUAUUCUAAUACAAAUGAAUUGACUAGUAAUGAUGAUUGGCUAGAGAAUAAUAAAGAUGAGACGGAUAACCUUUAUGUUGGUAAACGAUUUGUAUCAUGGCAAGAAGUUAUAAAAUUCCUUAAUUAUUAUUGCAAGCAAAAAAGGUUUGGAUAUAGAAAGGAAUGCUCAAAAAAAAGUGAAGGAUUAGAGGAUGCUAAAAAAAGAACUUUUUUAUGCAAACAUGCAGGGACAUAUAAACCAAAUAAAUCUGCAGGGCUUGAUCAACAGCGAAAUAAACCUUCAUGCAAAGUUGGUUGUAUGUGGUAUAUUAAUAUUGCCAAAAAAGGCAGCCUUAAUGCAACAAAACAAUACCAGAUGCUUUUAAGCAAAUAUCAAUGUUGUGUUGUCAAGCAAGAUCUAUAUAAUGCAAUUCAUAUAAUUCGGCAUAAAAAAGAGCCUGCAAAAAAUGAUCCAUUCAAUGUUCUUAAUUUUUUGUUAGAAAAGAAGGCUGAUAACCCAGAAUGGGUUGUGGAGGUUAUACAACAAGCACUUGGGCUUUGUCCACCAGUAAUUAUUACUGAUGCCGAUCCUGCAAUGGAUGCGGCUAUUGUUCAAACCUAUCCUAAAAUGAGAUAUUUGCACUGCAUCUGGCACAUAGGCCAAAAUCUUCCUAAAAAUUUAAAAAAUAAGUUAUAUGGUAAUUAUGAAGAUUUUGCCAAAAAAUUUUUUCAAUGCCAUAAUAAACUUAGUAUUGAAAGCUUUGAGUAUGAAUAUGUAAAAUUAAUUGAGGAUUACCCUGCUGCAGCAAGCUAUCUUAAACAUUUAUAUAAAAGCAAAAAGUCAUGGACAAGAUGUUAUACGAGUUCGUGUUUCACAGCUAGAAUGCAAUCUACAAGCCGUAUUAAGAGUGUUAAUGGAAUAAUUAAAAAGGAUUUAGAUGGUCGAUGUGUAUCAUUAAAUGAUCUCUGCACAAGCAUUACUCGGAUUCUUAAGAAGCACCAAAAUCAUAAAGAAUUUGUAGCAUGGAAAGAAACAAUGCCUAUAAUCACACCACCUAAUAUAUAUAAUAUAAUCUUUCGUGAGAUUGAUAGUGAACUUCAUAAUUGUGUGACUCUUGCAAUAACUGAAAAAAUUCGGGAACAAAUAAAUCAUACUUGUAUUGAUGAAGUUUUUGAUCUAUCUCAAACCUUAGCAAAUACCAUUCUUAAGACUAUUUCAGACUGGGUCUGUAGACACUUUCUUCGUAUCAUUUGUACAUCACCAGAAGCUAGAUUUCACAUUAAUAUGAUUAAUCAUCAUUGGCUCAAUGACAAUGUAUAUGGCAGUGACUUAAAUAACAAAAACUUUAUUAGAUUAGUGAAUGAAGAUACAAAUACAUCGGGAAAUUUUUUUUAUAGAAA